GCGGACACCGGCGAUGCACCUGAGGGCCUGGAGGCGGACACCGGCGAUGCACCUGAGGCCCUGGAGGCGGACACCGGCGAUGCACCUGAGGCCCUGGAGGCUCCUUGGAGGGGUUUGGCAAACCUGGCAAACUGGCAAAGUGCCAUCCCGGGGAUUUGCCAGGGCCAGCAGGCCGAGGAGGAGAGCGGGGGCACCACCGAGAAGGCCCACGAGGCCGUGCAGGAGGGUGUGACCGAGAAGGCCCACGAGGCCGUGCAGGAGGGUGUGACCGAGAAGGCCCACGAGGCCGUGCAGGAGGGUGUGACCGAGAAGGCCCACGAGGCCGUGCAGGAGGGUGUGACCGAGAAGGCCCACGAGGCCGUGCAGGAGGGUGUGACCGCCAUUGAAGAGGCCUCCAAGGGCGCCGCGACUGCCAACGAGGAAGAUGUUCAGGCCUCCAAGAAUGCGGCAGAGGAGGCGCUGGCGCCCGCGAAGGCGCCCAUCUGGCGGAGUACGCUGGAAGACGGGCUGAGCCCAGAGGAGCGGGCCGUCUUGAAAGAGCAGAUGGAGAUCAUGGACCAGUUGGACACUCAGUGGGAGGAGGCGCCCAUCUGGCGGAGUACGCUGGAAGACGGGCUGAGCCCAGAGGAGCGGGCCGUCUUGAAUGAGCAGAUGGAGAUCAUGGACCAGUUGGACACUCAGUGGGAGGACUUCUACUCCAGGAUGUUUUCGGUGUGCCUGCCGUGGGUGAAGGAGCAGGCGGAUGCCAAGUUUAGAGCAGACUGUUUGCGCCACGUCUCAUUUGAGGAAAUGCUGGAUAUGUACUGCCCGCUUCGGAGCUACGAUCCGUUUGAUGAAAACUACGUCUUUGCGAACGAGACCGAGAAAUUCGAGUUUUUUCAGUGGCAGGAUAGGGUGGUGUUCCGGGUGUUGCUUGAGCGGUACACUGAGGAGGAGUGGCAAGCUAUCGAGCUAGUCUUCCACGAGAUCACGGGGGAGAAGAUUCAGCGGCCCGUCUUCUGCGAUGCACAGGUACAGACGCUCGAGAUGGAGACAGACGUGAGGAAGGUCUUCAUGCUUUCCCAGUCGGCCGGUGAAGUCUCCGAGCAGGAGCAUCUGAAGCCUGGCGAGCCUACGCCGGUUGACGCCUUCCAAGAACACAUGGUGAAGGAGCGCGUCUUGAAGGCACGGCGGAUGACCUUGGAGGCGCAGAUGGACGAUUGGGAGUUCGAUGUCACUUUGGCGGACAACCGACGGGAUUUGGGGCCAUUGCCGCCUUCGCCUGAGGAUCGCAGUUACCAGGAAAUCUUUGAGGCCAUGUCGGAUUCCAGAAAGCAUCGGGUCAUUGAGAGCUUGAAAUUCCUGCGGAGUCAUCUGCUGGUGAGCCGGCGGUCGGUUGCUGUGCAGACUGAGGAGCCGGCUGCUGAGGCUGAGAGGAGCGUACGUGGCUCGGUGGCUUUGCAAGUGUGCUGGACGGUGUUGGCGUCCGCGACCCUGGAAUCUUGCAACCUGUCCCUCUGCUCCGGCCCCCAUUACUAUUUGGAGCCGACGCAAGAGAGAACCUUCCCGAACAUUAAGGAGGAGGCGGUCCCACUACAGGCGCCAAAGGCCGAGAGCUUUGGGCACGGCAAGGUCUGGGUUCUGGCCAUAGCCGGCAAAGCGCACAAGCAGAAGUUCGCAGCAAUGCGCCGCCCCCCAGACUCCAGCUUUCUGCUGGCGGCUGAUGAGGACAGGAUUUGGUUCCUGCUCCACAAGGGGCGGUUCACUCGCCUGAAGUGGAGCGACUUCAAGCAUGCAGCUACGGUUGCAACAGUGGCGCAUGAUUCUGCGGUGUCGGUUGCAGCCAAGCUCUGCCAGUGCGCAGUAACCUUGGAAGGAACCCUCCGGCUGGUGUUUGACGAGUCCAUGAAGGAGCUGCCCGAGGUGAAAGUCUUGCUCGACUUGUCCGAGGACGAUUUCAACAUGCAGGCGGCGGAGCUGGCCAUUGACUCUGACAAAAAGAACAUUGCCGCAUUGAUUCCGAAGAUCAGAAAGCUCCGGGCCGAGCGGGCGAAGAGGGCGGUGGAUUUGCAGAAGGUCGGGGAGGAUGCUGCGAAGGUGCUGGAGCCUUUCCAUAACAUGUCUGAGAAAGCGUUCCAGCAGUACAUCAUGGCAGUGCAGAUCAAGCCUUCAGAGAGGCGGACAGAUCAGGAGAAAGCCGUUUUGAGGGCGCAGGGCCCGCUACGCCGUCUCCGGCGUGACGAGAAGCUGAAGGCAUCCUGCUCAGUGGUAAACCCAGUUGGAUCUGCCAAGUUCAAGCUCCAGGACUUUCUGCCGGAGAAGCUUGAGGCCUGGAGCUACCGCAGGGACACGGGGAUUCGCCAGCACACCAACGCCAUGCGCGCCAUUGCCAAGGCGCUCGAGGACAACAUUGCCGUUGUCUUUCACGGGGGCCAUGGUUCUGGAAAGACGUCUCUGGCCAUGACGCUGGCGGACCUUUAUGCCGCAAGGCGAGGCCAGGAGAGCUGGUUUUGCGCGAGGAGCAUGGAAGGCCUCAAGGAGAUCACAAGCUUCAUUACCGAGGGCUCCAUCAUUUUGCUGGAUGAGGCCAAGGUCUCCAGCAGCUCCAAGGACCACGUCAAGAUGCUCCUGAGCAGCGACAAUGGCCAGAUGGAUGCAAGAUACAAGGACGUGAUGCUGCCUCCGAACACACGGCGGAUGUUCACCAUCCAAAGCCUCCAACGCCUGAGCAGCAGCUUUGAGUUCCUGGACUGUGGCAUGCCGGACAGCGAUGAUUUCCAGUCCAAGGAGCUCGGCGAAGACGACCUGGCAAUUCUCCGCCGGGCGCUGAUUGUGCGGGCGCAGGACACCUUGUUCGUGCCCCGGGCAGGUGACGCAGAGGAUGACGAGCUAGAUGAUGAGGAAGCCUUUGAGAGAGUUUUCGGAUGUGCCGCCUGAGAGCUUUGUUUUUUGGCCGCCGUACAGCAGGCUAGGACGAGCGAUCAGAGUUUGCAGGAUCUGUGGACAGUGGCUGGAAUGAGGAUCAUUCCGCCUUGUGCGAG